CGGAACCCCUUCAACUACGCAGCAUCUCCUCCUGCGGCUGAUUUCGGUAACCCGGACGUGGCAGAACGUCAUCUUCGGAGGAAAAGGUCGAUGUUCUUUAGUCACCACAUACCGGUUCCUGAGGAGCUCUCAGAACGGGAAAGAAAGGAACACCAAAGAGUGACAAUAGUUUGCUAAUUACUGCCCUUGAUCUGAUAAAGCAGGUAUCUCGUCCUAAGUCCAAGGUGCCGGGCCAACCCCGCAGUCACCGCCAUUGUCUCGUGUCUGACUGUCUGUCCCUCUUUCUGUAUGGCACGGCGCCCCUUGAGGCAAGGAAAUAAGAAAACCGCUUCUGAUCCAACCAGAGCAGGUCUGCCUGUAGGUCUGCCCUAGGGCUUGUCACCAUUGGAAGCAAAGAAAGGAGGAGAAAAUUACUUAUCAGUGCAGAACUCCCUUAGCCUGUAAUACCAGGUGUGGGUACCACUCUCAGUAUUGAAGAUCUUCAUGAGUACAAUCCGACCAGACCCUUUGGGAACAUCCUGUGUCUCAAAUGCCCCAUGGAGCACAGUCUAAAUCAGUUGAUGGCUAUGAAAUUUUCCAACAACAGCUAAAGAGAAGGCUUGAUGAAUUCCCUUAAGCAUUUCCUUUCAGGUCUGGCGUAUUCUGACAGGACUCAGUGCGCAUCUGUAAAGGAGGCUUUUGAGAAAAAGGAGGAGCAGGAACAUGGCCUGGAUUUCUGGAGGCCUGCUUUAAGGCUGGUCAGUUCUGCAAGAAAGGAAAGCAGGAGGAGACUGGCUCCAAUCUCUGGAGGACCCCUGCAGUCAACUGUGGGGCUUGACACCACUUGAACAAAUAAAGGAGAGAAAAGUUGCACCACAUCAGUGAAGAUCCACCUCCAGUGGCAGCUCUGGUGGUGUUGGAGUUAACUGCUGACUACCACCCUCAACUGGUCUGCACCCACCCAGGAACCAUCCAUCUUCCCUCAGCUUGGUUGUGCCUCUUAUUAUUGACUGAGACAGUGCUUCAGAAGGAGGCUGAUUAACUGCCAGACUGGUGGUUGACUCUAACUCUUUUUUCUGAUUUUAUCACCUGAAUCAACAAAAGGUCAGAGUGUGAAGAUUCCAGCUUGUAACACAUCUGUAGUCAAGGCUGAGACUGGUGUUAGGGUACUUAAGUGGGUCUUCCUUGUAAUUUUUACCAUGACUGGGGCAGAGAUUGAGGCUGGUUCACAGGCUAAGCCUGAAAAGAAGGCUGGGGAAGAGGUUGUUAGUGGUGCUGAAAGAGAGAAUGAAGUUCCUCUGGUGGUCAGACCUAAGGUUAGGACCCAGGCCCAGGUUACAGCUGGAGCAAGGCCAAAAACAGAAACCAAGUCUAUGCCUGGAUCACGGCCCAAAACUGAGGCCCAGGCAAUGUCUGGGGCCAGGCCUAAAACUGAUGCCAGAGCAGUAGGUGGUGCACGUCCUAAGACUGACGCCAAGGCAAUACCUGGGGCAAGGCCCAAGGAUGAAGACCAGGCACGGGCUCAGACUGAGUUCGGGGCUGAGACAAUGUCACAGGCAGAGGGAGUAUCCCAGACUAGUGCUGUUGUCUGGCCACUGGUUAGUACUGAGCCUGGAUCAGGUAUUAAACCUAAUGGCCUGCCUAUGGAUAGGAAACUGGUCAAUGUGGAUGCUGAAACUUUUUCUGGAACCCAGAGUCAGACAGGAAUCCAACCUUGGUUUGGACCAGGGGAGGAGACUAGUAUGGGAUCUUGGUGCUAUCCAAGGCCCAGGGCCAGAGAGGAAGCCUCUAAAGAGUCUGGAUUCUGGUCAGCAGAUGAGACCUCUACAGUGUCGUCUUUCUGGGCUGGAGAAGAUACCAGUAUCAGAUCAUGGCCCAGGGAAGAGGCCAAUACCAGGUCCAGGCACAGGGCUAAACAUCAGACCAACCCCAGGUCCAGGCCCAAAUCCAAGCAAGAAGCCUACAUUGAUUUCUGGUCUGGGUCUGAGGAUGAGACUGGUAACCCAUUCUGCUUCUGGGCUGGAGAAAAUACCAGUAACUUGUUCAGGCCCAGAGUCCAGGGGGAGGCAAAUAUUAAGUCCAAGCUGAGAACAAAGAGAAGGGACUUUUUUGAAUCUGAAUCUGAAGAUGAGGACUAUAAGGAAUCCUGGUUAUUGCCUGGAGAAGAGGCCAAUAGUAGACUCAAGCACAGAGACAAGGAGCAGCCUAAUACUAUCUUGAAACCCAGGACUGAGAAAGAUGUUACUAACAGUGAUAGGGGCAAGCAAGAGACCAGGUUUGAGGAGGAAGUUAUUAUUGAGUCCUGGUUCUGGGCGGAAAAAGAGCCCAGUUUGGAAGCUGGGGCUUCAUCAAUUUGUGACUCUGAGCCAGGGGCUGAGGAGGGGGCCAUUGGUGGAUCCUUGUUCUGGACUGAGGAAAAGUCCAGUUUGGGAGCUGUGUCUAGAGAAGAAGCCAGGCCAGAGUCUGAAGAAGAGGCCAUUUUUGGGUCCUGGUUCUGGGACAGAGAUGAGGCCUGCUUUGAUCUAAAUCCUAAUCCUGUAUACAAGGCAGGUAACAGGUUCAGAGAUUCAGCUGAGGAGGAACUUAAGGCAUCAUCCAGGCCCAAAACCUGGGAGGAGGUCACUGUUCAAUUCAAGCCUGCCCCUUGCCAUGGGAUUGGCUUCCCAUCCACAAACCCCUUUAUAAUACCUGAAGAGGCUUCUGAAAUGCUUGAGGAAAGCCUCAGGUACACAGAACUUAGCUCAGAAGGGGAAGAUCAGGAAUCUUUGCUUCAGCCUGGUCAGCUUGAUAUUGAUUUUCCAUUUCAGUAUGAUCCUUCCUACAGGUCAGUUCCGGAAAUUCGAGAGCAUCUUAAGGCCAGGGAGAGUGCAGAGGCUGAGGUUUGGUCCUGCAACUGCAUACAGUGUGAACUUAAAAUUGGUUCUGUAGAGUUUGAAGAACUACUUUUAUUAAAGGAAAAAGUUCGGGAUCCUUUUGUUCACGAAAUAUCUAAAAUUGCAAUGGGUAUGAGAAGUGCUUCUCAAUUUACCCGAAAUUUCAUUCGGGAUUCAGGUGUUGUCUCACUUAUUGAAACCUUGCUCAAUUAUCCAUCCUCCCGAGUUAGGACAAACUUUUUGGAAAACAUGAUUCACAUGGCUCCACCUUAUCCAAAUCUAAAUAUGAUUGAGACAUUCAUAUGCCAAGUGUGUGAGGAAACUCUUGCUCAUGGUGUGGAUUCCCCUGAGCAGCUGACUGGAAUCAGGAUGCUGAGACACCUUACUGUGACUACUGACUAUCACACACUGAUUGCCAAUUAUAUGUCUGGGUUUCUGUCCUUAUUAACCACUGCCAAUGCAAACACAAAGUUUCAUGUUCUAAAAAUGCUAUUGAAUUUGUCUGGAAAUCCUCUCGUGGCAAAAAAACUAUUCAGUGCCCAAGCUCUGUCAAUAUUUGUGAGUCUCUUUAACAUAGAAGAGGCAAAUGAUAAUAUUCAAAUUGUUAUUAAAAUGUUUCAGAAUAUCAGUAAUAUUAUAAAAAAUGGAACAAUGUCCUUAAUUGAGGAUGAUUUCAGUCUUGAACCCUUUAUGUCUGCAUUCCGUCAAUUUGAAGAGUUGGCCAAGCAACUACAAAUCCAGAUAGACAAUCAAAACGAUCCUAAGGUGGGACAACAAAGUUAAUAUGGUUAACCACCUGCUGCUGAUCAGCCUUAUGUUCCCAAAGAGCUCUGAGUAGUGCUUUGGUGUUCAGUCUGGUUUCACGUUGUAACUUAUAUUUUUAAUGCUGAUGUUAACUUUGUUAAACUCUUGUUUUGAGCUGGAUCAUUUUGUGGAUGCCAAAUGAAUAUUAGAACUGAAACAUGUGUUGAUAUUUGUCUUGCUUUCCAGAUUGAGAUAUUUUUCAGUAUUGAGCUUUUAAUGAACUAAGUCAUCUGAGUAAGCCACCCUGCUAGCCGUUGUUUAAAUAUAUAGUCCUCUAUUUGAGUCUGUGUUUUCAAUAAAGUACAA